AUGGAAAACAAUAUUGAAACAAAAAUUGUCUCGUCAGUCGAAAAUUGUUCUUCCAAUUCGACAUUUUUGACAAACUCUAAUGAACCAAUCAAAGAAAAUUUCGUAAAAAUUGGUGAUGAUCAGUUGGAAAGUAAAGAGUCGGCGGCGGAUAUCAAGGUAAAUUUUUAUAAAUAUUUUUAUGCACUCUUUUAUUUGUUCAACUGUCAGAAGCCAGACAUUUUGGAAAAUGAAGUAAAGGCGGCGGUCAACAAUGAGUACAGCUGUAGUACUAGUGGAGGAUAUGCCAAUAAUGAAGAAAAGGAAAAAAUGGUGGAGGGCUCGUCCUCUUCAUUAAAUUGUCAACAAUAUGUGAGUCUAUUAAACAUUUUUGUAUAUAUAAAAUUAGAGGUUUAAUUUAUAUUUUAUUUUACUUAAUUUAUAAUAUUUUGCUCGACAUCCUCCCAUCUUUAUUUCAUUAAAAUUGAAAAAUUUUAUGAGAUCACCCCAGAAGGUCUAUACUUGGAAGGUUAAUAAAGGAUUACCCCUGGAAGUUACCUCUAUUGUUCAAAUGAUGUGAACUCUAUAUAUUUGUGUGGAUAAGCAGGGAUUUGGGCAAAUUGAGGAUUUGUGGGUUAUGGGGAUAUCAAUUUAUUUGUUCAGAUUAAGAGAUUUGUUCGGAUUAAGGGGGAUUAAGGGACAUAAGUCAGGAAUUCCUUCGUCAAAUUGUUAGAUAAUGCAAAAGGGGGCAGAAAACGAAUCAUGAUCUUGAGUUUCCUUUACUCGCCCAAAUAUUUGAAGUUGACCUUUUGGGUCAUUUAAUCAUUAUCGAGUUGUCCUUCUGAAUGUUGAUCUUCUGGGACGGACCCAAAGAAUUUUUUACAUAAUUCAUUUCCUUAAUUUUAUACAAAAAUUCCCAUUCGGUCAUAAAAGUUAAUAAAUAAUCUUUAAACAAAAUAAAACACAAAGAAUAUUGUAAGAAUAUUUGAGAAAUUUCCCAAUCAGUCUUUUUUUACUUAUCGUUUUGCGCUCCUUUCCUUCUCCCUCUUCUAUUUUUUCUUUCCACGCUGCUUUCCCCCUUUCAUCCUUUUUUUGUCUUUUACACCCCAGACUGAAAGAAUUCGGCAUCAAUCACCAGAGCACAACGGCUCGCCUCAUAUUGCUCGACAUCCUCCCCAUCUUUUUUCAUUUUUGCAAAAAAAAAGGGGGGGGGAAGAAAGGCAGUUGUGGCAACAGGGAAUGAAAGGGAGGGGGGAAUGGGGAGGGGUUGUGAAAGAAGGCAAAUAAAGUAGGGAGUAUUUUAUAUUUUUGCUCGCCGAUCGUUCGCAUAGUAGACGACUGUGUGGGUCCUUUCAGUACUCGCCAUUCAUUUUUUUUCAGCUCAACUAAAAAUAAAAUAUACCUGGCUGUCCUCUCUCUUUAUUAUGGCCCCCCCUUUUUUAACCGUUGUAUCCAAAAAAAACUAUUUUUAAAUUGUUGGCUUUCUUUGCUUUUUCUUUUUCUCUCUUUCU